UGGCUCUUGACACACAAAAACAGUGGCUGUGUGGCUCCUGCUGUCCCAAAUCCUUCCGACGCUGAUUAUAACAGUUCAACAGGAACCCCUUACUCCUCUGAUUUUCAUUGCGCUUAAUUUCAAAGAUGUACAAAGUAUAGCAGAGAAGGAAUUAGCUUAGUCGGGUUCAUGGAAUUUCUACUGAAGGCGGGCCACCAAUAAUUUUAUCUCAACAGCGUGCUCUGGAGUUCCGACUUGAUGAGCUCCCCAUGCCUUUAUUAGAUAUUGCUAUUUCACAGCCUUGUUCUUGUUUCGGCAACAAUGUAUUAGCAUUUAGGUCCGAAGCCCGCUUUCGUAAUAAGCUCGUAGUACGAUAUGAUAAGGGAUUGGGAUUGGCGUCUACAUUUUCUUGGAGAACUUUUUGUAUCACAAAAAAAGUGAGUACAAACUUUAACUUGGGGAGAACUGAGGUAUGGCGGGGGGGACUGAUGAUAAAAUCGGUUGCUACCCUGGAAGUUACUGGUGUGAUGGGGAAAAGUGGAGGGAUAAGAGGGUAUCAGAAUGUGUUGACAAUGGAUGUUGAUUCAGUAAGGCCAAUUUCCUCUGACUUUAAGUCGCAAUCAUCAAGUGAAGACUCAAUGGAAGUAGAUGAGAGGGAGAAGUUGAGACGGAUGAGGAUUUCCAAAGCGAACAAAGGAAACACGCCUUGGAACAAAGGGAAAAAGCACAGCCCAGAAACCUUACAGCGGAUUAAAGAGAGAACCAGGCUGGCAAUGCAAGAUCCUAAGGUCAAGAUGAAGCUAGUUAACCUGGGGCAUGCCCAAAGUGAAGAAACAAGGAUAAAAAUUGGUGUUGGUGUCCGUCUGGGGUGGGAAAGACGCCGUGAGAAAUUGAUGCUCCAGGAGACUUGCCACUAUGAGUGGCAGAAUCUAAUUGCUGUGGCUGCCCGGAAAGGUCUUCUAGGUGAGGAAGAAUUGCAUUGGGAUUCA